AUGCCUCCACGCAUCCGUCGCAGGACAGUGGCCGUCGACGAUGCCACCCCGACGCCCACACAGACGCAGACUCCAGACGGCGAGGGCGACGUAGACAUGGAUGCGUCACAGCACAACGGCAGCGGCAGCGGCAGCAUCGAGCAGCUGGCCAAGAGCUUGGUGCGAUACGCGCUUUCUUGUGAAUACGCGCGCAAGCCCAUCAAGCGGCAGGACGUCAACGAGCGAGGUGGGCAUGGUGGGAUGGGAUGGGCAGUGCAGACACAACUAACGCCCGCAGUGCUGGGCACACACGCGCGACUGUUCAGGCCCGUGUUCGAGCAGGCCAACAGCGAGCUCAUGGACGUCUUCGGCAUGGCCAUGGCGGAGCUGCCCAAGGCCGAGAGGGUGACUGCGCGACAGAAGCGCGGUGCGUCUGGCGUGUGUUGAUGCGCUGCUGCAUGACUGACGCCAUGUAGCCGCCGCCGGCUCGGACUCGCAGAGCCAAUCCAGCCAGCUGUGGGUGCUGCAGACGGUCGUCCCCCAGCCCUAUCGCGUGCCCCACGUCAUCGGCCCGUCACGGCCGGUGGACAAGAACGACAACGAAUCCAACCGAGCAGACGCGUACGUGGGCUUGUACACCAUGGUCAUCGCCCUCAUCACCAUCGCCGGGGGCAGGCUGGCGGAGAGCAAGCUCGACCGGGCGCUGCGGCGGAUGAACGCCGAGCAGACGACGCCCGUGGACAGCAAAGACAAGACGCUCGCGCUGAUGAGCAAGGACGGGUACAUUGUCAAGGUCAAGGAGUCGACCAACGGCGACGAGGCCAUUGACUACACGGUAGGUCCGCGCGGCAAGGUCGAGGUGGGGCGCGAGGGCUUCGCGCAGCUGGUGCGCCUCCUCUACGGCCACGACGGCGAGGAGGGCGAGGACGGGGACGGGGAGGCGGAGGAGCUGGAGAAGAAGAUCAAGCGCACGCUGGACAUUGCUGGGGAGAGCGCGCGAGGUGGAGGGCGCAAGCGGGGACGAGAGCAGCAAGACGAGGGCGGUGCAGACGAGUAG